GUUCAAAAGCAGCCGACAGAGGACUGCACACAGCCCUGCGCUCAUCAUUCAUUGCUCAUCGCACUCAUCGCCAGAGCUGCUGCCAAGAGAGCCUCCAAGAUCCUCCCACGAUGAAAGGCUUCCUCUUCCUCUUCCUCACCAUCAGCCUCCUGCUUAUGAUUCAGAUACAAAUUGGAGUCUUGGGAAACGAGACCAGCAGUGGGAACGAGGUCCUGGCGUUCCGUGACAUGGGCGGAGGCAGCUUCCUUUUGUUCCUGACCAACACCCUGAUACACCUCUUCCACCUCAGCUGAGGUGAUGUGCCCCAGCUGCCUGAAACAGCUGCCACAGUCACUAGCAAGAGAAUCCCUCCUGAUCCCUGGGAGGGGCUGGUGUCAGAUCACCGGGAGGUAGAAAUCGACAGGCAGGGCUGUGGGGGCAGUGGCCACCUGGGGCAGUACUGAUGGGGCAGGGCAGGCAGCCCCCGGCCGGGGGUCAAUAAAGUUAUCCUCAUUCUUCGA